AUGGAUGUUGAUCUCAACGAUUUCGGGCAGCAAGUGAAACCAAUAGAUGGCGUCAAUCUAGGCUUCACGGUAUUUUUUACGAGCUAACAAACUAUUAAUUUAUGUUUUCAAGAGGGAGCUUAUCGAUAAAAUCCGCGACAAGAAGGAUACAAAUCCAGCAAUGUUCGUUUCUGCUUGGCAAGAUGAUGUUGAGGGAAUUGCCGAGAAAAAACCAGAAGAUUCAAUUGAAAAGUGAGUACCUUUGCACAUCUCGGCAAAGGCGCGCCACUUUUGCGCAAACUUUAAGGAUCCUCACAGAUUUUGCGCAAACUUUAAGGAUUUUCGCAGCUUUUGCGCAAACUCUAAGCGUCCUCGCAGCUUUUGCGCAAACUUUAAGCGUCCUCGCAGCUUUUGCGCAAACUUUAAGGCAUGUCGAAAUUGUUAUGGAAACUUUGCAUUUUCAGUACUGUUCGCUUUUUCCAGCUUGUUUUUAUGCGUUUUAUUUGUUUUUUGUUGCUUAUCAAAUUGAAACUACUUAUCUUUUUCCGUAUUUCCUCGGUUUGAGCGCAUUUCAAGCAAAAUUUCAGUCGGAUUUCGUUUAGAAGCGAGUGUUAUUGAAAAUUUGUAUGAAAUCACUUGAAUUCGAGCUACUUCACAAUUAUUUAAGAUGUUUGAACGAUUCACAUGCUCGUACUUUCGUACUAUAUCACAUUCUUUUCUGGUUUAGAUAGAACAUGAACCACUGUGAAGAGAAAAAUGGAUCCGGACGAAACUAUCGACUUCAGUCAAAAAGUGUCCAAGUCAUUUGUCUCGAAAGGAGACUCGGUGAGUUCCGUUCGAAUUCAGACUGUUAUAUGAUUACGUGAGAUAUGAUUCAGAAGAGAAGUGGAACCAGAGUUGAGCGGAAUCGAUUUUUUGAAAAGGCGGAAUUCAAUUUUUUUUUGGCGGAAGGCGAAAAGACGCGGCAUAGACACGGCCGUUACUCCUCCGAUUCAUGAAUCAAAAGAGUGUUUCAGUGAGUUAACAGAGAAUUUUAUAACUCGUAGAUGAGAAUUUCAGAUUUUGAGGAUGGUGUCUCCUACAUCGCCUGCAUUUUCACUUAUAACAACGUGUCUUUUUUCAGUUAUGAAAGUGACGAAAACUAUACAAUCACUGAUCUCUAAAUGGUACUUGUUUCUGGUUUUUAUACUAUCUCAAUAAAAUUGUUUUUUUUUCAUGCAGAAAUGAAGUGGAAAUAAACAGAACAUUUUUAAGCUGCAUUUGGGCAAACUUUGAAAACUGACAGCUUUUGCGCAGACUUUACGCAGCUUUUGCGCAACUAGCCAGCUGAAGCUGCGCUAUUAUAGGGGCACCGCACAGAAAUGGCGCUCUGUUGAGAAACUCCGUUUGCAGUGCAAAUUGAGCGACCUCGGGGCCGAGUUUGAAAGUUAGGCCACAUUUCUCAGGGAACUCGAUCGCAAUCUAAUUGGAAAACUUUGCAAUCUAAUACGAACUCGUUUGAAAUAGAAUUUGCUUCAGUUAGAUUGCAAAAUCUUCUAAUUAGAUUACAAUCACUGCAAUUUUUCUAAUUAGAUUGCAAUGUUUUCUAAUUAUAUUGCAAUUUUUUCUUAUUAGAUUGCAAUUCAGGAAAAAUAUAUUGUAAUCUAAUACGAUUUUACUGGAACUUCAAUUAAAUCUAAUUAGAUUACGAAAUAGAGUUUUUUCAUAUUAGAUUGCAAACUCUUCUAAUUAGAUUGCAAUCGAGUUUCCAGAGUUUUCAGUGGAAAAUAACUUCGCGGCCUAGAAAUUCGGCCAGAUUGCGAACAGCGCGCCCUUUCUGUCCGGUGCCCCUAUAAUAACUUUGCGCAAAAGUGGCGCGCCUUUGCCGAGAUAUCAGAUUAUAAUUUCUCUUCAGAUGGCUUACUGCCUCCGAAGAAGGCGAUUUAAAACUGGUUCAGUCCUUGUUUGAAGAAACACCUACUCUUCUAAAUGUAAGCAAUUUCUCGAGUUACGGGACCGUAUAAAUUAUCCAGGCUCAAGACGCCGAUGGGUAUACUGCUUUACACCGUGCUGCAUAUAAUAACAACAAACAAGUUGUUGAAUAUCUUCUGAGUUCUGGAGCCAAAGUGGACUCGCGAACAAACGAAGGAUGGACUCCUCUGCAUUCUGCAAGUAACUGGGCGAAUUUCGAGAUAGUAGGCAUCUUACUUUCACACGAAGCCAACGUGAACGCCCUCUCAAAAGGAAAUUUAACGGUGAACCACAAGUUAUCUUUUUGACAAUUUUUUCUGUUCCAGGCGUUACACCUGGCAGUGAGCAGUCGCGGUGAAGACCCAGAUGACGUUUAUUUCACAGUCCGGUAUCUUCUUCAGGCCCCAGGUAAACAAGUUGCUAUCGUUGCUGUUCCCGGUGGAAUUGGGUGAAACCGACCCUCCCUGCUCUGAAGCAAUCCAUAAUUUAUAUAUCUUUCAGGGAUUGACGCUGGAGUAGUUGCAGGCAACGGCGACACAGUUCUUAUGAUAGCUAGGCGCUCGUCAGAACGUCUGUUCAAUGCAAUCCGGGAUUUUUUAGAUCGACCUUAA